ACCCGCAAUGGGUUUCAUAUGUUUAAUAUCCUUCUGUUGAAAUAUUGUAUUUAUCUAUGCGGAUAGAAGAAAAAAAAGCUUUGACCCAAAAAAAAAAAGAGCUUCAAUCUUCCAUGGAAUGCGUCAGAGUCAUCGUCUUCUUUGCUUGUGUCCUAACGUUUGUUCCAUUUCACGCCUUAGCUCAGGUAGACAUCUAUGUGUUUGGUCCAAAACACAUCUGUUCAAAUCGAGGCAACUUCACGGUCAACAGCACUUUUGCCGGAAACCUCAACCGCCUCAUCUCCUCUCUCUCCUCACUAACAUCCCAACCUUACGGCUUCUACAACCUCACCUCUGGAUCUGGAGAAAGUGCUUACGCCAUUGGUCUCUGUAGAAGAGAAGUCAAAAGAGAUGCUUGUCUCAGCUGUAUUCAGACAGCUGCCACAAACCUCACCGAGCAGUGCCAGCGGUCAAAACAAGCUGUUAUUUAUUUCACGCACUGCAUGUUUCGUUACUCGAACGGAACAAUCUACGGAAGAAAAGAGACGAGCCCGACACAGGCUUUUGUUUCCGGUACACCUAUAUCAAACAACAGAGAUGAGUUUGAGCGUCUGCAGAGAGUACUGUUGGAUAGGCUCAAAGGAAUGGCGGCGGCGGGUGGGCCGAAUAGGAAAUACGCUCAAGGGAACGGUACGGCUUCGCCCGGGUACGGGAGAUUCUACGGAAGCGCGCAGUGUUCGCCGGAUCUGUCUGAACAGGAUUGUGAUGACUGUCUGACUUUUGGGUUUCAGCGUAUCCCAAGCUGUUGCGAUGCUCAGACUGGGCUUAGGUGGUUUUGUCCUAGCUGUAACUUCCGGUUUGAGACGUCGCGAUUCUAUGAGCUUGAAAUCGACCUAGAGGCUGAUCCGCCUGCUAUUCAGCCUCCUGAUGAUACACCAACAUCAGCUGCAGAAACUGAGAGAACAGGAAAGGGCAAAGGUGGAUCUAAAGUCGUUAUUGCCAUAGUUGUUCCAAUAGUUCUUGUUGCGUUAUUUGCGGUUUUGCUAUGCUUGGUCUUGAAGUGGAAGAAGAACAAGUCUGGAAAUAGAGUCAUAGUUCUUGGGAAUUCGCAUUUGUCGGGAUCAGUUGUCGAGGAUGAGUUCUUGAAUACAGAUUCUCUUGUAAUUGACUUUGAAGAUCUAAAGGCCGCAACAAAUAAUUUUUCUUCUGAAAACGAACUUGGACGUGGUGGGUUUGGUUCAGUUUAUAAGGGUGUGUCCUCUCAUGGGCAAGAAAUCGCGGUGAAAAGACUAUCAGGAAAUUCUGGACAAGGGGACAUCGAAUUCAAGAACGAAAUCUUACUACUAGCAAAGCUUCAACAUAGGAACUUGGUCAGGCUUCUAGGUUUCUGCAUACAUGGACAAGAAAGACUCCUUGUUUAUGAGUUCAUCAAGAAUGCUAGUCUUGACCAUUUCAUCUUUGAUCUUGAGAAGCGUCAACUUUUGGAUUGGGGAGUGCGAUACAAAAUGAUCAGAGGAGUUGCUAGAGGACUUCUUUAUCUUCAUGAAGACUCUCGUUUCCGGAUCAUUCAUCGUGAUCUUAAAGCUAGCAACAUUCUUUUGGACCAAGAACUGAUUCCGAAAAUCGCAGAUUUUGGAUUAGCUAAACUCUUUGACACAGGCCAAAACACUACACAUCGAUUCACAAACAGAAUUGCAGGAACUUACGGGUAUAUGGCUCCGGAAUACGCCUUGUAUGGACAGUUCUCAGUCAAAACAGACGUUUUCAGCUUCGGUGUAUUAGUCAUUGAGAUCAUUACAGGUAAGAGAAGCAACAAUGGUGGAUCUAACGAUGAUGAAGAUUCGGAAAAUCUUCUUACGUGGGUAUGGAGAAGUUGGAGAGAAGACAUUAUCAAAAGUGUGAUCGAUCCGAGUUUAAGCACGGGAUCAACAAACGAGAUCUUGAGAUGCAUACACAUUGGUCUGCUAUGUGUUCAAGAGAAUGCAGCGACUAGACCAACAAUGGCUUCGGUUGCUCUAAUGCUCAACAGCGAUUCGUUUACUCUCCCGACACCUACAUGGCCUGCGUUUGUAUUAGAGAGUGUGAUGCCUCAGAAUGUUUCUUCUUCUUCGACUGAAGAGUUACAAAUGUCGUCGAAUGAUGUCACUAUUUCUGAGUUAUGUCCUCGUUAGAGAGAUGAUGCAAUCUGUAAAUGUUUUUGAUUAUUCUCUUUAAACCUUUUAAUGGGGGAAAAUUAGCUUAUUCGUAGGUUUUCA